AUGUCUGAGGACAGGUUUUUGGGCACCCACAUCGCCGCUGAUCUCACCUGGACCCACAGCACCAUCGCCCUGGUAAAGAAAGCCCAGCAGUGGCUGCACUUCCUCCGUGUGCAGAAGCUGCUGCUGGCCUUCUACCACUCCUCAGUGGAGAGCAUGCUCUCUUACUGUCUGGAUGUCGGUAAACUACUGAUGGAGAAUGCUCAGCUGGCUUUAGAGUCUGACAGCAUGAAGUCCAGAGCGGCUGCCAUCCAGGCCAGGUGCGAGACCGAAGAGAGGAACACCAGGCGUCUGGAGGAAGAGGUGGCUCUGCUCAGGGAGACCAAGAGGACGGCAGAUCACAGCAGCAUGAUACUGCAUGCAGAGGUUCACCGCUCCAUGACAGAGCUGCAGGAGAUGCACCGGGAAUUUGAGGCAGCCCGGGCUCUGCAGCUGCAGCGGGCCAGCUCCUGUGAUGCUCUGUUAGCGACGGCCACGGCAGCAGCAGCAGCAGCAGGAGGGGAGGAGGAGGAUGGCACAGGGAUGGAGCUCACCCAGCUCCUCGACCGAAUCAGAGCGCAGUGCGAACAGAGCAGACUCCCCAGCCCGGGGGAGAGACACCUCGGCCUGGGCGCCAUCUCAAAUCCAGCCCCCGGCUUGGUCGGGCCUCCUCAUGCUGGAGCUGGAGCAGCAGCAGCAUCCAGAACACACAGAGGAGCCCUCAGCGAGGAGGAGGCAGCGUGGGCGCAGGUGAGCCUCGGCGGCUCCGCCCUGAGGGAGGCACGGGCCGAGCUAGCCGAGGCCAGGAAGCAGUGGCACUCGCUGCAAGUGGAGAUUGAGACCCUACAUGCUUUGAGCUGCUUUCAUAAACAUUGUAACAUUACUGUGGAUAUGAACGCAGAGCGGAGAGCUAACGACCAGCAGUCUGGAUACAACCAUAGAUACAUGGGUCGUACUGCACAGCCGAUGGUUCUGCGGCCAUGGAGGUCUUCAGUCGUGGAGCCAAAGGAGAACGGACUUGAAAAUGGCUUCAGUGACCUCGCCGUUACUCCCGACGAACCCAAGUCAGAGCCCCUCCCUGACAUACCUUCACUCCUCCCAACAGAAAAUGGGCUGAAGAAAAGCAUACUGUACAGACAGCGAAGCCUGGUGAUACUCACAGAGCCAGAACUAGAUAAGGACUUGCCAAUCUCCACUGUGAAGACUCAGGAGAUUCUUCAAGGCAAUGUGGUGCAAGAAAGCGCGGAGGGUCACGGCACCAUUGAGACAGAGAAGAUUGAUAAGGUGAUAAAGCAGUGGGAGGGCUCCUUCUUCAGGGGGAAUCCCAAGCUGAGGAAGAAGUCCGUGUCGCUGCGCUUCGACCUGCACAUGGCCGCAGCGGACGAGGGGUGCGCCCAAACUAAACAGGACAGCCUCCCCGACGUGGAGGUGCGUCUCAUCAUGAAGAGAUCCCGCAGCAUCCCGACCAUCACGCAGUAACUCGGUCACCGUCGGGCCCGAGCUGACACCGGUUUGCGGUAACAGAAAUAACAUUUGGGCACGUUACCACCCGUCACCAUCGUGCUUAAUCUGAAUUUUAGCUGAUGAGCUCCCAUCAGAUCUCAUCUUUGACAGGAUGAUCAUUAACCAUCAGGCUUUUGUGGUGACCAUUUUUAUAGUGUCAGAAAGACUUACAGUCAUUACUUCACAGAGGAUAAGUAUUUAAUAUGUAAAACAUAUUUCUGCGUCAUCAUUUUAGAUGAAGAAAAGUUUGUUUCUGUUAGGUUUCACUGGAUUAAAGACAUCAUAACAAUGACUCUGCUUAACUACAGCAUUUAACCCUGAUUAGCACCUGGUACAGGAAGCUGAGAGCACAGGUAGACUUGGAUGGAUGGAGACACAGCACUGAGAGCUGCUGUGAACUACCUAAGAGUGGAUUUUCAUGUUUUGGUAGAUUUUCUGUGAGGGGCUGUAUGAAAAUUACAAAGUUUUGUUUUUUAUUUGUUUUGUUUUUUUGUAGGAAUGACAUAUAAAAUUUGUCAAUGUCGCAGAAUCGUUCCACUCUGCAUCUCAGAGCAGAGCAAAACGUGUGUAAAAACAUCAAUAAAUAGAUCAGAAUUGGAAAAUUGAUGGAAGAAUUUGGGAAAUUUGCCAUUUUCCCUUUUGAUAUGUGCAUCGGUGACCACGUGGAAGUUAUUUUCCCAUCAGAUCAUUAACAUUUAAUUUAGAAGUGUUAGUCUUUAAUCCUUCCACAGGUUUCUGCACUGGGAGAAAAUUUUAUCUGUUACAAAAGUGCAAUUUGCACCAUUUUUCAAAAAAACUUGACCAAAGAAGCCGCCUGAUAUUAUUCUGACUGAAAUAAAAAUGCAAUCAAAGUGUAAUUUAAAGAGCACCUUUAUAAAUAGAGUUUACAAAGUGCAAAAGAAAAACUCUGAGAAGGAAAACUUCUACUGAAAGUCACAUGAUGGACGAAAGAAUCACUGUGAUGGCUUUCAAAUGUUUCUCCUGCAUUAGGUACCAAUUAGUUUAACCUGUGGCCUAAUCAGACUUUUAGGAGGGCCAUCUGAGAGCUAAACCUACGUCUAUUAACCAGCUGAUAUUCGUUAACACUGGAUGGUUAGUAGAUGGACAUCCAGUCCCAUCAGGUAACCUUUAACCGUGCAGCACACUUGGAAAAAACAGAAGUUGACCCAAAGGUGUGAAGACCAAAUGAACAGCCCAGUUCUUUAUGGGCGGUCCCAAAGUGCUUUUAUUUAUUCUGUGUGUAAAAAUGGAUGCGUUAGUGGCAGUACUGAGCAGGAAGUGCACGUGAUCAGGUGAGAAAUCAAAAGGUAGCGAAUAAAACAGCGACAGGAAAAAUAUAAAAAUCAAAAUUAAUAACAAAUACUAAUGAUGAAUUUAAAAAGUGAGUUUAAAAAAUAAUAAGAGAUCAUCAAAUAGAACCGAUUUAACAAUUGUUGGACAUAUCAGACGGGUCCAGACUGUGGGGGGCAAAAACAGAAAGACCAGGUCACCUUUGGGUUUCAGGUGAGAGGAGUCUGUAGUGAGGAUGACUCUGAGGUGAAAGAGAACAGAUGGAAACAGAAUGUUUGGGAUUCCAGCACUGAGACGGGGGUCAAAAAAGCUUGUUUGCAAAUGUGCCACGAUUCAGGAGGUCAUCCUGAAAGGCGGAGUCCUGCACAGAUCACAGAUUGAUUUUUAAAAAUUAAUUUAAAAAUGUAAAUAGAAAAAAAAAGGUUGAUGGAAAAAUCAUUCUAACUAAUCUAAUAGAUCUAUAUACAUUUUUAAAUGACAUCCUUUAUUUAUCCCAAUAAAAGACAGUAACAUCUCUUUUUCAAAACAGCAGCAGAUACUUUAACAACACAGUCCAAACAAGUUCACGCAACUACAGAUCACGCGCAACAGCAGGUCACAUUUUAGUGCAACUUACUUCAAUUUCCACAUUAUAACCAUCUCUGACGAUUUCAGGUACAUGUAACAUCAAAUGUGCAGAUGAGUGUCUUAAACUUUGCUUUUAAAGCAAAGCUUUGCUCCGUGUCCGCUAAUUUUCAUACAGUCCCUUCCUGCUUUGCACUGCAGACACUCACAGCACUGAAAGAAGAGUUUGUUUUACUCUGAGGGUCUUUUGUCAUUGCGGUUAAUCCUCUGUGUGGGGAUUUAAAAUAAAUACAAUAAUAUAUAUUGCUAUGGCGUUAUUGUGUGAUACUCACUGUGAACUAAACAGCAGUGAGAAUUUCGAUUCCCCGUCUUAACCAGAGGAGGGCAGUGUUUGUAAAUAGUUACCACUGCAGUGUGUUCUCAGUGCUCCACUCGGUCCUGUAACAUGUCCUGUUGCACCUUAGACUCAAGUUUUUAUGCUUUCUUUUGAGUUGGCACCAAAGAUAAAUAAAUAUAUAUAUAAAAGAAGCGGACCGCUGAGCUUUGCAUUUGGGUCCCUUAAAAUAUGUUGAGAAUAUUUAAAAAAAAUUACCUAUGCAGUUCUGUACUUGGUUUUGCUUUGCUUCAGGAAGCACACUCUUCAUUUUGAGAGCUCAGAAUGAAGCAUUAUGCUUUUAUCUAAAGAUUUAUCAUUUCAAAUAAAACAGAGAAAUAUGUGCAGACUGUUGUGUUUUCUGUCAC